AUGUUGGAUACCAUCCACCCAGCCCUCCUCGAAUUAGGAAAACAGGUGUUCCCCACACUGCCCUCGCUGUCUCAGGAUGAAGUCUCUAACAUCUGGGCCAAUGUGUCAGAAUUUGUGGAACGGCAGCUGUCCUUACGCAAGGGGGUCCAGAUUCCAGGAUUUGGAACCUUCACCUUCGUAAGGCAAAGGCUCGAUGUGGGAAACAAUAAGUUCGUUCUACUUCAGAGGCCCGUGUUUGUGAUAGCUGAGAAGUUUGCCCAAAUGCAUGGACUCAAACAGAACAAAGUGUUUACUCCUGGUGAUAUCCCAGUCGUUCAGCUUAACUUUGUCAUGAUAUCCCUGGAGGGUCCUUUUAACAGGGAUGUGGUGGAAGGAUGUGUGAAGGAAACAUUGCUCUUUUUAUCCCGAUCCAUUUCUGUCAAACAAAAUGUGGAAUUUACAUUCAAGGGAAUAGGGGUCCUCAUGAUUAGAGACAGCAAAGUGAAGAUGAGGUUUUAUAAGGACUUCCUGUGUGCCAUGGAUGGAAGUGGGAAUCUGGUUAAAGCUCUUUCAAAUAGGCCUGGGACGACGGAUUCAGUGAUGUCUAACAGAGAGGGUACUGCACAGCGUCCUUGUAGUGUGUGCGCUUUCCCAAGGUGAGAUCGAAGCACCAAGGACCCAGAAACCAAACCAGCUAUAGAAACCAUCAAAGAAGUUGAAACGGCCGGCCCUCUAGAGCCCAAGAACAAAGACCAGGGAGAAAAAGAAGAAGUCAGAGAGAGCAUUUCAGCCAAGAGGCUCCGGGCUAGGCAAGCUAUCUCUCCUGUCAAAGUGACAGGAAUCAACUUGAUAGACAGGGUGGAGAAGAACAAUCAGCUGAAGCCAGCUCCUGAAAGAUUAAAAUCACCAGGUUCUCUGAAAGCAGAUAUGGACAUGAAGAUGAAAACUGCUAUCGUCCCACUUUGCCAGGGCCACGUAAAAGCAGGACAGGAGAUGUGCUAUGUAUGCUUACAACGAGCCCAACGGAAUGUGCCAGUGUACCUCACCGAAGAGAGGAAAAGGAAGGAAAUAGAAGAUGACCGGAUCAUACAGCAAUAUCAAGUGCUGAAAGACCAGGAGGCCCUCUUUAGACAUCAGGCUAAAAACUUGGCCAUUAGAGAACAAAAUCAGAAAAAUGCUGCAUAUAAUCUUGGAGUUGCUGAAGCUAUCAGAAGCCACAAGAUUGAGAAACCUGAGUUUUAUAAAUCCUAUAUUUUUGACAAACGACCCCUUAGUCCUGAGCUUAAUUCUGCUAAGCAAGAGGAGUAUUCCCAAGGUCUUCUGAAACAAAUGGAAAGCAAACGAGAAAAGGAAUUGAAGCAGAAACAGAAUACUGAACUAAUGGACCGCCUAGAACAAGUACAGCUCACGGAAGAUCUGGCUGCCCAAAGAUCAAAGUACUUAAAAGAUAGGAUGGAAGAAGCCCAAUAUUACAAGAGGGCCUUGGAUGUCCAGAUAAAGAACAGGCCACCUCCGCUGCCCGUGUUUGAGCCGGAUUCAUCAGAACCCAUCUUCGGGAGGAUGGACAUGACUAAUGAACGUUUGGCGGAAAGGAAGCAGCGGGAGCAAAAGUACAUGAAGCACCAGCUACAGACUGUCGCCGACCACAAGAGGACAGCUAUCUUGCGCCAGCUGGUGGAUCAGAGGCGGGAUAUAGAAAUGUUGCAGAAGACCCAGAGAGAGCACUUGGCAGAAAGAAUGGCGGAGCUUGAGAGGACAAUGAAGAUGAACCAAGGUCUGCAGGACAACUGGGAGAAAAGUGCUGAGCUGAAGAGGCAUCGGGAUAUGGAGGAGAAAAUCUUUAAACGGGCUUCUGACAAGUUGUUCAUCCUGGAUCAAUGUGAGAAGUAUCGACGUUGUUGCCAGUGUAAGAAGCGUCUGAACAACUGUGGGGAAAGUAACCUGUGGCCGAUGACCAGACACUUACAUGGCUCCAGACUGCUGGUUUAA